ACGCAUGUGAACCCCUGCUUUUGUCAGUCCUCACUGGAUGACCUCCCACAACCCCUGGACAGGAACCAGUGGCAUGAACUUGGACAGGGAGACAUCAUCUCCCUUCUUCCUGGGAAGUACAUCUACAAGGUGGUGGCUGUGGGUGGAGAAGAUGUAACACCCAGAAACAGUCAGGCUCUUCAAGAUGAAGACGAGGCUGUUAUUAAGUCUCCUCCUGCCUCCCCUGAACCAAGCGACGAACCUGCUUACCCCACUCGACAGGGCAAGGGGUGGACACCAAGCUCCCAUGAACAACAAUCUAGACUGGGAGGUAGUGUGGACCAGAAGGAGCCAGAUGAACAGCUACCUAACCCACCUACCUCAAACCAGACAGAAGCUGGGGUAGCUGAAGCAGAAAAUGACAAGAACGAGCCGAAACUUGAACCAAAGAAAAGAGUGUUACCUGCUUGGAUGACUGUACCCAUUGUAUCUCCCAAGAACCCCACCACCACCACCAAAGGAUUUGGAAAUCGAGGCAGAGGAACCGCAACCCCAACGACAAGCACCAAUCAGGGCGCGGCCAAACGGGCCAGGUACACAGCGCCCUUGUCAGGGGAGGACGAGUCUGAACACAGCGAGGCAGAGCCAACACCCAGGAAGAGGGUGAGGAGGAAGAAGAGUGACGAGGAUGAGGACAAUGAGGAAGAGGUCCAGUCUACAACAGCAUUUAAAGCCAGGCAGCAGGUGAAGCCUAGUAAAGUAGAGGAGAGCGUGGAGUCGGACCACUUUGACGUGGAGGAGGACGAUGGAGAGAAGAGAAGCGGAGGAGAAGCUUCCACAGCAAAUGUCAGCAGCACUUCUACGAGCAGAGCGGAGGCCAGCGAGUCCGAGGACAGGGGGAGAGAGCCUCAGAAGGUCGGCAAGGGGCCUCAAGGGUCAGGUGACGUUUCAGGCCCCGCCCAGUCCAAAGCUCGGCUCAGGACGACCUGCCCCUAUGGAAAGGGCUGUUAG